UAUUGAGCUAUUAUACAGAAACGAAAGUGAACCUUCUCUUGUAGCUCUGGUCUGUUUACGUUUUGAACAAGUUCUGGGGAAGUGUGCACACUCAGACAUGGCUUGUUCCAGCGGCGUUGUGUCUGAAGAGCAGUUGGUGUGUUGUAUCUGUCUGGAUGUGUUUACUGAUCCAGUCUCUACUCCAUGUGGACACAACUUCUGCAAAAAAUGCCUUGGAGGAUAUUGGGACAACAGUGACUACUGCCACUGUCCACUGUGUAACAAGAGUUUUGAGAACAGGCCAGAUCUCUCGGUCAACACUUUCAUCUCUGAAACAGCUGCUCAGUUUAGAAAAUCAGCUGAGCUCAAUGCCAGCAGCUCUGCAGAGGACAGUACCUCCAAACUAACCAAAGUCCUGUGUGAUGCUUGUACUGGUGUCAAAAAGAAGGCUGUGAAGUCUUGUCUUAACUGUGGAGCGUCAUACUGUGGGAGUCACCUAGAGCCACAUAAGAACAUUCAAAUUCUCCAGAAACACAAACUUACUGACCCAGUGGAGAACCUGCAGGACUACAUAUGCAAGAAGCAUGAGAGACCCCUGGAGCUGUUCUGUAGAGAUGAUCAGACAUGUGUGUGUCUGUUUUGCACUGAAGGAGAUCACAAGACUCACAACACUGUUCCCAUAGAGGAGGCGAGUGGUGAGUUGGAGGCUCAGAGGGAAAAAAUCCAGACAUUAGUGCAGAAAAUGAUUCAAGACAGAUUGGAGAAGACAGACAAGAUCAAACAUUCAGUGGAGCUCAGCAAAAAAAGCACAGAUGAUAAAACUGCAAGUGCUGCUGAACUCUUCACUGCUCUGAUCCGUUCCAUUGAGAGAAGCCAGGCUGAGCUGCUUGAUGUGAUGGAGGAGAAGCAGAAAGCAGCAGAGAGGCAGGCUGAAGACCUCAUUAAAGAGCUGGAGCAGGAAAUCACUGAGUUGCAGAUUAAAGAUAUGGAGUUGGACCAACUCUCAAAUGUAAAAAAUAAUCUCCAAAAAUUUCAGAUUUACCCAUCACUGUGUACCCCUCCACACACCAACAACUGGGCGGACAUCAGACUCAACACUCAUUCCAGUGAGGAAAUUCUGAGGAGAUCAUUUUCACAGCUUCGGACAACCCUCAGUGAUGAAAUAGUAAAGGAAAUACAGAAAUUAAAGCAGAGGCGUCAACAGAGGGAAACAGACUGGGGAGUGCUGCUUCUAAUAAUACUUCUAUUUGCUUUCCUUGGUGUAUUCCAGUCUUGCAACUUAUGGCUCCUGUUCUAUGCCGUGGAUGUGACUCUGGAUCCUGAUACAGCAAACAACUACCUCAUUGUGUCUGCUGAUGGAAAACAAGUGAGCUAUUCAGGCACUUGGCUAAAUGUCCCAUACAAGCCCAAAAGAUUUGAAAGUGAUCCCUAUGUCUUAGCAAGAGAGGGAUUCUCCUCGGGAAGAUUUUACUAUGAGGUGCAGGUCAGUGGGAAGACUGACUGGGAUGUUGGAGUGGCCAGAGAAUCCAUUGACAGGGCGUGGCGGGUCUAUCCUAACGCUAAAGAUGGAACGUGGACUGUGCGUCUAAGGAAUGGGAAUAAGUUUUAUGCUUGUGCUGGUUCUUGUGUGGUUCUUUCCCUGAAACAGAAGCCCCAGAAGGUGGGGGUGUUUGUGGAUUAUGAGGAAGGUCUGGUGUCCUUUUAUGAUGUGGAGGACUCAGGCCAGAGGUCUCCUAUCUACUCUUUCACUGGUCAGUCUUUCACUAAGACACUUUAUCCAUUCUUUUGCCCAGGUUUGGUUUAUGGAUCUAAAAACUCAGCUCCACUCAUCAUCUCUCAUGUAUAUAAUGGCCUGGCUACACUGAGGCAAUUUGAAAAAUAUAUGUAAUACAUGUAAUGCAAAAGUAAAAUCUUUCCAUUGCAAAUAUUUUUACAGCGUUUCCCCUAGAUUUCUUUUGUGAAGCCCAGUGUCAGCCCCACACUCCAAUUCCUAAUUGAAAGAAUUGUUAAGCUUGAGCUAACAGUUGAAUCAGAAGAGAAAACAACAUGCUAAUAUGUAGUGUGUAUGCACUGCUGUGAGUUUCCCUGUAAAGCCCGAAACAGUCAUUAUACAACAUACUGAUGAAGAUAUGAUGACAAUAGUAGAUAAUUCACUUACAUGCUCAAAAGACAUGUCUUUCACCAGUUUUUGGCUGAGUUCUCUUUGAAAACUUUUUCAAUACACUCACAAUAAUCAGAUUCAUCUGCUUGGGGAAGUGGACUGAAGCACAACUGAUGUUACAAAAUGUUCUGCAUGUUGCAUGCUAUUACACAUUUCCCUAGAGAGGUCUCCAAAUCGUCACAUCUUACAUAUUGUCACUUAAGAUGUCAUCAAUAGCAGGUAAAACUGAGGAAAUGUUUUUGAAACAGGAAGUACAUGUAUCUUGAAUGCAAAUCAUUUUGGGGCCAAAAAACACAUGGCAAAAGGAGGAACGCUGAAAAUGUUUACCUGUUACCUGGAAAAUGCAUUUCCACAUUAAAUAUGCUGCUCUCUUACUGUAUAUAGUAGCACAGUUAUAGUAAACAAAAAGUAAAAUCUAAAAAUUGGGAAGACUUGGGAAAUAUCUCACCUGACUGUAUCCUAGCACACUGUACUGUUAUUCUUAUGAUAAUAAUCAAAUAUGUGCUGCUUUUAUUGACUACCCUAAACAAUUGCAUGUUUUCAUUUUCUGACUUGUCUAACCAUAUAUAUGGUUUUAAUUAUUUGUUUUGAUUUCCUUUAUAGCACACACUCAUGUCCAGUAAAACGUGAUAGCCGUUGGCUACUAACUCAUUAAAGAGCUUAACUAAAAUCUCUCUGUGCUUUCUCUUCCUCUGCUUUCUAUAAUCAGCAUCAUUUGACAAAUCCCACAUCAGUAAUAAACACUUUUGUAGACUUCAUAACCAACCAGUUCCUUUAAUGUCAUGAGUUGUAAUAAUAUUAGUACUUAAUAACAAUACUACUACUAAUAAUAAUACCUAUAAAUAUGAACAAUACUACUAUUGCUACUGCUACUGCUACUACUACUUCUACUACUACUAAUAAUAAUAAUCAUCAAAAUAAUACACUAUUUAGAUAGGAGACCUUUCACAUUGUUCUGCAUUUUUAGAACAUUUUUGUCCUCCUUCUUUCCCUUUCUUCAUGCAAUUAUACAACCAGAUCAAAAAGCAAACAUUUGUCUUUCUUUAUUAUGCUGAUCUAUUUAUUCUUUGAGAGAAAAACUAAGUACAAGGAUACAAAGCAAAACCAUAAUCUAUGACUCACCUGACAGCUUGUAUUGCAGUUGGCUGGAACAUCAAAUAAAAGAUUCAUAUGCCAGGAUAUUUCAUAUUCAGAUGACUUGUGACAGUAAAGAGGUCAGUAUUGUGUAUGAGCUGAAACAAGAACACAGAGGAAACAAAUUUGAAUCUUUUACAGUAAUUGAAAUGAGUUAUCAAUUGACUAUUAAAAAAUUGCACCUAUCAAACUUAGAAGGUGCCAGGAAAGUCUACAAUAGCACAUAGUUCCUUUGUUAGCAUCACUGUUUGUUCAUGAUUUACAUGUGAUCCUACUUAUGUAUUAUACCUGGAUUAUUCCUGUCACUGAAGGAGAAGUAAUGAUAUGACAUCUUUAAAGGGAAUGAAUGGAGUGAUUAUCAUAAGCAGGAAACAGUUUCUGCAUAAUGUCGAGAUCCGUCUCACCAGUCACAUUAACUGCUCUUUCCCCCUGUCUCUGUAUUCUGAGAGAGCGAGUGAACGAAUCAACACUGACACAGGUGAGUGGAAAGCUGAAAAAGAAACAAAUAUAGCAGAAAGGGGUCCUUUUUUAUUUAAAAGAUGGAAAUUGUUGAAUGUUGGUGCUUAUAAAGCUUAUAUUCAGAGUGUUUGAGUACUCUUAGUUCCAAGGGCAUAAGUUAAUGGUCUCAGUCUCAGCAUCAUUUUGAGGUAGCUGGAAAGUUUUUCUGUUAUUAAAUAUCAACAAAAAAAUAAACAGUCCUUUCCCUAAAUGUUUAAAUAAAAUCUGUUCACUGCUAGGUGAGGAUCUAAUUAAUCUUUCCAACAUGGCUUAACUGUGUCUUAUUUAUUUGUUGAUGUUCUUUGGUUCCAAUCAAAAUGUUAUUAUGACUUUGUUUUCAUUUCAUAAUAAAAAUGGAUAUUGUUUGGUUUAUGUUCA